AUGAAACUCCUCGACCACCUCCUCCACACAACCCUCCACCCAACCCGCUACCGCAAACCCCCCCGCUACCUCAACAUCGGUUUCCUAACCACCCACGGCAACCUCAAAGAAAUCUGUCUAGAACUAAACCCCACCAUAACCGCUCUCCAGAUCUCCCAUAUCGUAGCCUCAUACCUCCGUCUACCCCGCGAAUUCGACUCAACCCUCCAAGUUUCUUUACUCCCCUACGGAUUCGAAUCCAAUGAUUCCAGACUCCUAGAUUUCAUCGCAAGGUUUCCAAGGAACUUGGUCGAUAGGGAGAAGUUUAUACAUAACCUUGCACCUAGACGGCCGGGGUUUCCGAAGUUACCGGCGCAGAGGUAUAGAGGUAGAACAUUGGAUAGUGAUGACUAUAUUCAACCGUUAUUACACCCGUGGAAACAAAAGGCGUUACAUCUAUGGGUAUGGUUAACCACCCAUGACGAAAGGAUCCUACGAUACCAAAACGCGGUGGAAAAUUGUCAACUAAUAAUCCAAGAGAAAGAAAGAAUAAAUGCGAAGUGUCAGGAUAGUUUAAAGUCUGAGGUUUCAAAGGCUUAUAAAUUGAAAUAUUCUUUUGCACCGGGGGGUGAGGAAAGGAGGAAGAGGAGGAGGAGAAAUGGGGAGGAUGGGUAUUGGAUUGCAACGACUGGUAAUGAGAAGAGGUAUCGGUGUCAAAUUACUGAUGAGUAUUUUACACUUGAUAGGAUGGUUGCUACCACGAUUUAUCCAUAUACGCUAAUGAUGGAUCUUCCAGGGUUAAAUGAGAAGGUGGUGGAUAUGUUAACGGGACCGGAGAAUAUGUUACUAAUGUACUGGCCCGUAGCCCGAAUGUUCGACGAAGGACUUAUCACAAUCGAAAAGCUGCUACUGGACGACCCAGACGUAAUCGACGGUGAAAACACCGACGAAGAAUACGAAGAAGAAGAAUAUGGAUAUUUCCUCCGAGUGAACUACGUAAGACUCCUAGACUCUAGAGUAUUUGCAAAAGAAGAUUGGGAGAAUCGAGAACAUCGUGAACGACUUAGAUGGAAACAUAUUGAUGGGAAGAGGAUUACGUUCUCUGAUGAUGGACAGAUGGUUCCUUACCCUGACUUUUUGGCGUUUCAUUCGCAGUUGUCGACUGUGAUAUUUGGGGAGAUUGAGUUAAUGGAGUCAGAGGAUGAUGUUCAGAAUACUUUGGCUCAUAUAUUUGAGAAGAGGUCAGAUUUGUCGAUUUCUGAUACUUCAUCGGUGUUUUCGAUAAGUCGGCCGGAUUCGCCGGGUCCACCGAGGUGGCGGUUCCCACUUUUCAAGUAA